AUGGAGGACACGGGUGAUUCGCAAUCACAAAGAUCACAGAUACGGCAUUUUAAAUGGCGUUCCUCAAAAUGGUUUAUUAUCUCCACCAUCACACUCGCCUUGUUUUCUGAAACCUUUCUAUAUGCAUUCAUCCUUCCAAUAUUAAACUACAUGCUAGAAAACCGUCUGCAAAUCGAUCACUCCAAACAACAAGCCGCUAGCUCUAUCAUAUUAGCCAUCCAUGGCGCAGUAUCCGUUAUCGCUGGCCCUAUCAUCGGGCGUUUUACUGACAAAUCACAUAUCCGCAAGAUGCCAUUGUUGAUAUCCCUUCUCGGAUGUAUUAUUGGCACUGUUCUUAUUGCCUGUGCCCACUCGAUCCUCGUCCUUUUACUAGGCCGUGUGCUACAAGCGCUUGCAGGAUCCGCCGCGUGGAUUAUCGGCUACGCAACUAUCGCAGAUACAGCAGACCAGAGAAACCUGCCGAGGAUUAUGGGGAUUACAAUGUCUGUUGUCAACGUGGCGGUUGUGGGUGGACCUGCAAUCUCGGGCUUGUUAUUGGAUUAUGCGGGGUAUUGGAUGACUUGGCUAGUACCUCUGGUUAUUUUGGUGAUUGACCUUGUUGCUCGCGUCCUGAUGGUUCAGGAACCGCCAAUUCACUUCUCUAUGCCCGAUACAGAAACGAUAGGGUCUGAGGAGGAGGCAGAGCCGACGGAGACUACGGGUCUACUGUCUUCGGAUGGCGAUUCUCACAUUCAAUCUACAACGGGCUUCUGGCGUGUUAUAUGCCAUGAUUCUCGGGUGCUGACGGUUCUUUUCCUUCAAGUAUCGAGUAUCACUGUGGGGACAUGCUUCAACGCGACUAUCCCUCUCCAUGUUCAAGAGACCUUUGGAUGGGGUCCAGGGGUUAUCGGGGGCAUCUUUUCCUGCUUAUCCCUCCCUGUGCUCCUGAUCGGUCCUCUUGCUGGCUGGGUACAGGGACGCAUUGGUGCAAAAUACCCAGCUGUGGUUUCUUUGAUUCUACAAGCGGGGGUGCUCAUACUAUUGGGGUUAGCUGGGACCGAGCGCAUCCCUUGGUUUAGUGCCCAGCGCCAUGGUGGAACAAUCUACAUUGUGUCUAUCAUUGCCAUGGGGGUAUUGCGACCAUUCAUGACUGGUUUGGGGCCAGUAGAGCUGACUGCUGCUGUUGAAGACCACCAGGAAAAGACCCCAGGUGCUUUCGGUCCCGAGGGAGGACUCUCUCGGGUGUUUGCCUUAGUGGAGACUGUGUCUUCCAUUGGAAUGAUAAUUGGCCCAAUGUUGGGUGGUGCCUUGAAGGAACUUGCAGGUUAUGACUGUAUGAGUUGGACUUGGAGUAGGUGGCUAGCUCUUGCCCUUUUAUAUCACUCUAAUUUUUUU